GAAGGAGAGUCACGCGCUCGAGCACAAGUGACGCAUGGCCGUUAUGCUGCAUUCACGGAACGUCGACCGAAUGGAAAAAACGGGUGAAAACCGCCGCCAAUCCCUGAUUUGGGAGUGUCAGACAUUGGUUUAAAGUGGUCAUCCCUAGUGCUGUCAUUGUAGUCACAUCAGACAAACCGCCUAAAAGUAGCUUCUUUUGUUGUGUUACGUUUUUGUAGCAGUUCGUUACCAAGUAAUACCAGAUACAUAGAAAGACUGUAUAGCUCCUGUGAAAUUAACUGACACUGAAUUUUAAUUUUGAUGUAACUGCUAGCGGUUGUGCAUUUGCAGCCAUUCUACCAAUACACUGUUGACAUGUCUGUACCUCUUUCCACCAAAUGGGAAAAUAAAUUGCUUUUCCACAAAGGCAUCCUCGAUGACAGACAAAUUAAAACUACAUUACCCAUACUUCCCUAUGAGCCCACAAACUCGGGGUCAAACGACGAUAAAAAGUCAGGACUGUCUGCUUCGAUAUGAGCAUGGCAUCAGACGGAUCAGGAGUGCCCUCAGAUUCACCAGAGGACCGCAGAGAUGAUGGGACCCACUUGAAAGACACACUCAGUCCAGAGGCAGGGGUCCCAGCUGACCUUAACGGUGCUAAAUCCACCCUAAACUCCACAGCAGAGUCAGCAGAACGGGCUGAGGAUGGAGUCAGCGUGUGCCAGUUUUUCCUGAUUGGAAAGUGUCAUUUUGGACACAGAUGUCGUUUGUCUCACAGUGAUCCAUCACAGGAUGACUCAGGGGCUGCAUCUCCUGAUCAGGUUGACACACCGGAUGGAGAAAAGAUGGAAAAACACAAGAAGAAAAGCAAAGUGAACAACCCACAAAAGCCAGAAUACGAGGGAAAAGAAGUGAACAAAAAGCCUCGUAUGCGCACAGCAGAUGACGUUAUCUCUCGGAUCCUGUGGGACCCAUCAGUUGACGCAUCAGAAUUUGUAGUGGGCUAUGUGGAUCGCUUCCUAGGUGUGAUGGAGCGCCCCUUCUGUGACUUUAACUGGGACACCAACCCCUGCGACUGUGAUUACUCUUCUGAACUGGCCCUUCCAAGACACCGGAUCCAGUACUUCACCUAUGGAGGGCACCGCGUCUGGGACCGCCACAGCAGAACUGACAGAGUUUUUGGCUCCACCGGUCAAUCUCUGGCUCCCCCCUUUGGAAGGGAAGAGGAAGUAAAGCAAAUGAACACAGAAGUCCAAGAACAACAACAAGCCUCCCUUGAAACAACAGAGGAGCAGCCACCUUCUGUCAGUGGGCAGGCAGGGAGUGUAACAGAAGAGUGUACUCAUGCUGGGAACACACAUCUGGAGGAAGAACAACAGCAAUCACGAGGAGCAUGUGUUGUGGAGGAAGCUGCAAAAAGACUUAAGGCUUCAACAGACCAAAUGUCCUCUUCCCAAAAGGAGGGGGUGACUGUAAAAGAGGAGGGAGAAGAAGACACUUUGGCAGAAUGGCAAGAAAUGGCAACGGAAGGCAACGAAGAUGCUUCUAGUUAUCUUGGAGCCCUGCACAUUAGCCAGAAUCCAUCAGCACCUCUGGAGCAGAGAGAGGAGAAACGUGGUGGUCGCCCCCCAAAAAAACGACCCACCCACUUCAUCGCCUUCAGGGCCAACACUCCUGCUAUCCUCUCCUGUUUCCAGCAGCUGCAGGAGGAGAUCACCUCCCUUUUACCCUCCUCUGCCUGUCACUGGGAGACCGCCUCCAGCCUUCAUGUCACCCUUUGCCUCCUGGUGCUGCACGGCCCAGCUGAGGUAGCCACUGCAGGGGAGAUCCUCCGCCAGUUUGCCCAUUUGGAUCGCAACCCACCUGUAGCUGUGACCUUUCCUGUGAAGUUGAAACAUUUCAAUGGGAAGGUGCUUUUCCUGAACCCCCAGCCUCAAUUGCACCUCCAGCUGCUCAACAGCGGCCUGCAGGAAGCGUACAGGAAGGAGGGCUGGCUCCACAGGGACUCCUACAACACGCGCUACCACCUCACUCUGGCCAAAGUAGAGGACAAGGAGGGAGAGAGGAUUUUUGAUGGGGUGGGGGACCUGAAGGUGGGGAAGGGUUUAAAUUUUGGCCGCCUACCAGUUAACACCUUACAUCUUUGUGCCAUGGGCAGUUCCAGAGGAGAUGGUUUUUAUGAGACCGUGUGCACAGUAACUCUCCGAUGAUAGAAGAGUGAGCCAUUUCACAUGCACACACUACAAUGUAUGUUGUUAUGUGACAUCUGACUGGGUGCAAUACCACUGAGCUCGAUUUGCACUAGCCAUGCAGCCUUAUCAGCCAAAUUUAAUGUCUGUGUUUGAGUUUUUUAACUUAGUUUUUUUUUUUUUUUUUUUUCCCAGAGAUGAUGCACUAUUAAAGAUAUUUUUAUAAAAGUGCCUAAGGCGCAUAAAGGGAUACUUGAUGCAGAGCUACGGGACAGAGGUAAACACCCUAUGUUCAGUUAUACUGAACAGUAUUAAGAUGCAGAAGAAUACAAUAGUCCCAAAACACUUAAAUUAGAAUAUGAUUUAAAAAUGUGUUUUCCCUAACAAGUGCAUUUUAAUCGGUUAAGGGUCUACAUUAUACAUCAUAUUGAUAUUUUAAGAUGAGAAAUGAGUGGAGCCAACACAUAAUACAGGGAAUUCAUAAUGCAAGCUGCUACAAUAUAUCCAGAACUUGCUGAGAGCACAGCUGUUUUCUUUACCUGGCUGAACGGAAGAAUAUAAAAACUAUAAACAGAGAUUGCAUGAAGGUCUACGACAUUAAUUGUACCUCACUCUUCAAAAUUCUUUAGUGCCGAGUCUGUUUUUUAUGUUAUAAUGCAAAGUUUCAUCAGUCCUCUUAAUUGUUGCCUUUAGUUGAUAGAAAUGAAAGAUUUAAACAUUAUAAAAUCCACAUUUGCUAUUUAAAAUUUUUUUUUAAAAAUUAGAGCUGAAAUGAUCAGUAAAUGAAUUGAUUAGUUGAUCAAUAGAAAAUUAAUCUGCAACCAUUUUGCUGAUCGAUUUAACAUCAAGUAAAAUGCGAAAAAUUCCCUACUUCUAGCUUGUUCAUUGUGACGACAUGCUUGAUGCUGCUUUACUUUGUCUUAUGUUAUAGUAACAUGGAAUUUUUUUUUUCAUUGUUGGUUAAACUAAAGAGUACAAAUCACAUCUUGGAUGUGUACCUGUGUCAAAUCAGCCUUGAGAUCCAGGAGGAAACACAUGAGUUUGAUGUGUACUUUUGCAAUCAAUGCAAGUUAUUGUACAGGAUGAUGUAAUUGCUCACGUGUCAUCAGCUCUGAGUCUUUUAACUUAUGGGGCAUGUAGAAUAAAAUACCUACUUCCUUGAAAUACAAAAAAAAUGCCUCAAGAAAAAUGUCUUUUUUUUUCUUUUUUCCCCUCUGUUUAUUAUCAGGUGGGCCAAAUAAGGUGAUUGGGGCCAACUUUGGCCCCAGGCCCCACUUUGGGCAUCUUUGAUUAUGUUUUACUACUACAGACAGGACAUAUGCACUUGCCAUAAAGGUGUAUACAGGAUACAUAAAUUGUUUAUGAGAGGAAGAGAUUAUGAUUUCUUUACAGGCAUCAAUUAACCAAAGUAGCUGUUUUCUGCAGCUCAUAAUUCCAUGAUUUAUACAAUCUGUUAUAUGAAUAUUGUUUUGACUGUGCGUCCACAAGAACGAUGACUUUGUAUGAUUUUUACAAUGAAUUACAAGCACGAAAUUGU